AUUGAUGAAAAUAACUGCAGUUGGCUAAGAAGUGUAGGAAGAAAAAUUGCGACGUGAAUGUUUUGACUCUUUCGGGUAAAAAAGAAUAAUAAAAUAACAAUUAAAGUGGAAAACAGAAUUUAAAAUGAUAAUGUUGAAAAUUUGUGUGAUUUUCUUGAUUGCUUUUCUGACUCAAAUAAGUGUGAUUUGGGCUGAAUCUUGUUUUGCCAAAAUUGAUCAUGAAGGAAAUUGUUCUCAAUUAAUGGCAAAUGAUGUCACUAAGGAAGAUUGCUGUACAAACUUAGGAGUAGGAUACGGCGAAGAGGUUUCUAGUGCAGCAGUAUUUAUGCUACUUGGGGGAAUGAAGAAGAAGGCUUGCAAACCAUGUCGAGAAACAUGUGACAACAUAAUUUGCGGAAUUGGUAAGCGGUGUAUAAUGAAGAAGGGAUUUCCAAAAUGUGUUUGCGCUCCAAACUGUAAAGCAACUGCUGCUGCAAACAAACUUAAGAAUGUACAGAACAAUAAAAAAAUCUCAGUUAUUCAUUUAGCUGAAAGAAAGAAUCUUAAGCGAAGCAAAAAGCGAAAGAUGCAACCUGAAAUGCAGAAUGAUGAACCUAUACUUAUUGUAGCAACUCUAAAUCGAAAGCAAAAUAAACGUAUGAACCAGAGAAUUAACAGAGAAAAAAAUAACUUAAACGAGACUUUAAUUUUGCAACCGAUUAAGAGCGCUUAUCAUAAGGUUCAUACGAUUCAGAAGAACGCAAAUAAUAUCAGCCAAGGAGUUGAAGAUGUGGAUGUGCUACAAACAAAAAUUCGUAGUGGAUAUUUUGAUGACGAUUCUACCAAACUAAUGAGGGACAUUGGCAACUUGAACAUUAAACAACAAAAAUUUUCACACUACAAUCCAAUUUGUGGUUCUGAUAGCAAGACUUAUAAAAACGAAUGCCAAUUGAGGAAGCGAGCGUGUCGACAAGAAAACAAGAUGCUUGAUGUUGCUUAUAAGGGUCAUUGCCAAAGCUCAUGCCAGUUUAUAAAAUGCACCAAUGGAAGAACUUGUAUAGAAGAUCAUAACUCUAUACCACAAUGUAUCACAUGCCCUUCAUGUAUCAACAACAACAAGAAUUUAACAUAUCAAACAAUAGGAAAGAUGGUCUGCGGGAAUGAUGGGAUUACAUAUCGAAGCUUAUGUGAAUUGAAACAAAAAUCAUGCAGGCUUGGAAAAUCUAUUCAACUCCUACAUCGAGGGCCAUGUAAAGAGGUUGCGACAUGCAGUCAUUGUUUGAAGAACCAGAAGUGUUUACCAGAUCUAAUGAAUCAUCAACCAAAAUGUGUCAUAUGCAAUUACAAAUGCCCACGAAAACGUCGAUCUGAAACGCUUGGAGCAUUGAUUAUUAAUCGAAAACGACAUACAUGUUUUAUCAAUAAAAAAACAGCAGCAUAUAUUUUAUUCCUCAUUUAUCUGCAUUGAAAAUAUGUUGAUGUAUUUUUCCAUCAAAAUUAUUUCUUUAAUUAUUAAAAUUUUGUUUCAUAAAACGAGAAAAUCUAAAUAUAAACGAAGUGGAAUUUUUUGCUUCAAGGUCCAAUUUGAACGAGCUUCGAGAGAUGCAUGAAAGCAAUCAGGCUGUGAUUAAAUGACUAGAG